AUGUGGGAGAAGGCUGGAGAAGAGAUAGGUACGAAGAAAAAGUUCAAGAGACAGACUACAAAGUACGGCCACUCCGUACAGAGCUCGGAAUGCCGUUUUGGGGAGUUUGAGACUUUUCAAAGUGUUCUGGAUUGCCUCCACAGCAUUCCACAAAUCAACGGCCAAUCCGCCUGUGCUUACCGCGCUCUAGGUAUCUGGUAUUUUCCCUGCCCCGAAGUCAAUGCAGGCGCAGGUGCAGGUGCAGAGCAGAUGCAGCAGGUGCACCUCCCAACUCGCAUGUACCUCUUGCCUUUUGCAUCCGCUUCCACUUGCACCUGUACCUACUCUUUCAUGGAUUCCCUUUUUGGAUUCGCUUCUCCUUCUACCUCGCCUUAUUGUACGUACUCGACUGCAGUAGUCAUCCUCGCCUGUUUUUCGGUGCCCUCCGCCAGAAGCAACCAUGAGACACGCUUUGAUAUCUUCCUCACUGACUUGAACAGACCCAAGAUCCAGAGAGGAAUGACCAGCGCCUCUCGCGCCUUGAACCAACUGCCAACCGGAGCAGACUUACCAGGCUAUCUAGAUACCAAUAUUAAACAUCAUCUCCGAGCUGAGCGACACAGCGCAGACCUGUGGGGGGCUUCGCCGGCUUCCCUCCGAGACCGCCGACCCAAGGGAUCCUCCUCGGGAAACCAAAACGUCGACCCGCCGGCGGGCCAUGCUCCUCCAUUCGACAAGGGCAACCCGCGCAGCGAACCGCCAGGGUGGGUGCGCUGGUGGGUGGGCUUGACGGACGAUGCGAUUGACAAGGUGGAUGAGUCAAUCAAGUCUCGACGAACCAACUCCACAUCGCCUCUUCCAGCGAAGCAUUGGCUGCAACAGAACACCAUGCCAAAGUACGGAUACCUAAACUAUCUCGUGGUCUCGCCCUCUCUACGGAUACUUGUCCCCAUCCACGCGACUGGAAUUUUUCUUAUCACUUAUCGAUUCACCUCCCACGGCGAUACCUGCACCUCAGUUACCUGGAUCAUCUCUCGGGACAAUCGCAGCUUCAGCCUUCAUGAUAUCCGCCACUGUCUUCAGGCUUCCAUAAUUUCGCCUUCACAGCUCCCACAUCUCUCGCUAAAACUGAAAUUUCUACCGUCCACUAUGGGGUGGUAUUUGGCACAAGAUAACCUUCGUGGCAAUGCGGCGUGUGCUGAUGGGCUCAGCUUCAUCAAUAAUGAACCAAGACAGUUUCUCUCGAUGGGGAACAUUCAUGGCAUAGCAGACAAGGGGCAAGACUUACAGUACUCCAAUGGGGAGCCCCGUUUGCAAGCUAUGCCGACUUGCCUAAAGACAGGACAUCAUCAGCUGUUGCGGUAUUCGAGUCAGUCAAUCAUUCACCUGAUGUAUCCGUCUUACCACACCGACAUGUCUUCAACUAUCGGUCAAUUCCAAGCCCUGGCAGCCUGGCAGGGCAUAACAUGUGACUAUUAUGCGGGAUUCCUGCGCCACAAUUUAGUUGGCAGCACCUCAGUAUCAUGUCGAGACUUUAACCCCGACAUUCCCCCACGCUUGGUACAAGAUGAUGGACGUCUAACGACAACCGUCAAUCUUCCCCGCCGUUCAACUCCGGUGGAGAAGCCGUCCCGCCGCUACAUUACACAAACCGGUCGACUCCACUACGUCAAUUGCCUCUUUUUCGUCCUCCCUCCUUGA